GUACUCAGCCGUCAGACUACAGCAGCUCGCUAGCAUAGCACGCCACUUUGCAAUGUGCUUCUCGUUCUAAUGCAAUACUGUGAAACGUUAAGCCGACGCUGACACAACUGUUGGAAAGCGAAAGUUUGAAUGCAUUUUUAAAUUUUAGUGGAAGAAAAUAUGGAUAUUUAGCCGUCAAUACUAACGUUAUACUGGUUCUCAGAGACAGAGUUGAACUGUGUGUAGCCUGUAAGGCUGUAGUGACAGUGUCACUGUCACGUCAGUGAAAGGGGAAGUUCAGUACUGCGGCGGUCCGAAUUCCAAUACGUGCCCGGAGCCAGCUGAGAAAGUUACAUAAGCCAGGUUACAAAGCCAAAGGUUCAGUUCUGGACACAGGAUCUUCUGUUCCUCAAUGUCCAGCUCCUGGUGAUAACCUGGGAAAACAGAUCUGAAACAACAUUUAUGCUGUGACUCAUACUACUACUAGCUGGAGAUUUUUAGAAUUUCAUUCAAGAUGGAGACCCAAAACAUAAUUUAUGGAGUUCCAUCUCAAGCACUUCCAAUGCCUGAUCAAUAUAAAAGACUUGUUCAUUUGGAUUUGAAAGGAGCUCCUCCCAAGAUAGAUUAUUUACUGAAGGUGUUUCCAUUGUUCAAAGAAUGGGGUGCUACAGGACUUCUAGUGGAGUACGAGGACACCUUCCCAUAUACAGGGGAACUUGAUGUACUGCAAAAGGGUGAUGAGUUUUACAGUUCUGGAGACGUUGCCACUCUUCAACAAGCUGCUAAGAGUCUUGAUUUGCAAUAUAUCCCUCUCAUUCAGACGUUUGGUCAUAUGGAGUUUGUAUUAAAGCAUUCACGGUUCACUCAUCUUAGAGAACACCCAGAGGAUAGGAGGAGUCUGUGUCCAUCUCAUCCUGAUUCGAUAGGCUUGGUACGGUCCAUGAUUGAUCAAGUUAUGGCACAGCACCCUAACCUGAAAUACUUUCAUAUAGGAUCAGAUGAGGUGUGGAUGAAGAAACGGUGUGACAAGUGUUGUGGGCGGAUCACACAUAGUUUCCUUGGAGAGCCUGUCAGUCUAUUCUUGAUUCACGUCAAGGCCGUGCUCCUAUACCUCAAGGAAAAGUACCCCAACGUCAGACCGAUCAUGUGGGACGACAUGUUGAGAAAUGCCAAGUAUGACUUGCUCAAAGAUUCCAAGUUGGAUGAGCUUGUUGACAUUAUGGUGUGGAACUACUUGGAUACGUCAGAGAGCUUUCACAACAAUACUCCUGACCAGGUGUGGCGACUCUAUGAAAAAGUCUUCAAGAAUGUCUGGAUUGCUUCGGCUUUCAAAGGUGCUUUUGGACCAACCCUCUUCCUGACACCAGAGUUAGAACACAUAAGAAACCAGGAGCUAUGGGCGGGACACCUGUCAAGCACCAUUCCAAAGAGCCUCUUCUUCAAAGGAAUAGUAUUCACUGGUUGGCAGAGGUACACCCAUGAAACAGUUCUGUGUGAGCUCUUGCCAGUUGGCUUGCCCUCGCUUGCAUUCUGUUUACAAACUUUUAUUCAAGGCCAUUUUAGUGAGGAGUUACACCAGAGUAUAUCUCAAAGGCUAGGUUUCCCUCAGCUUUUGGACUUGGAAAUAGAAACAAACCUGUCGUUAUCAGAGAUGCCUGUGGGUGUACCAAUAGGUACCUAUCCUGGUAGUGGGGUGUAUAUGUGUGCCAGGCAGCUUGCUACCAUCCAAUCAUCGAAGGAGGGACAAAAACUUUUUAGGCUUGCUAGUCAAAGUGCCUUAUUGAAGAAAGAAGGAGAAGCAUCAUCAUCAGAGAAUCCUUGUUCACCCCUUGCUCCCCUCUCUGAUGAUGAAAUGGGACCGGUCUUAAGCCUCCUUGCCAAGCUGACAGCCCUGAGGUCAACGGCAGAUCAAGCCCUCGGCGAAGUCUACCAUCCACCCACAUCCAAGGAAUGGCUGGAUCUGUGUCUCAUGCCCCUCAUGAAACACCUAGAAAGGAGACUAGCAGCAACCAAGGCAUUGGAUCACUGACAUCUAACUCCUGGGUGAUGGAGUCUAGGUAUUAAGCAAUAGCUCUACACCAAAGUUGUGUGUGUGAACACCAGGGACUGUGCUGUCCUAGGUGUGCUUUUGGAAACUUUUGAUAUCAGCAAGAUUUCAUCGAUGAAUGUGAUCCUGAAUCCUGAUUCAAGUCAAGCUCUGAGGUUUGCUUUCAGCAAUUUGAUCCAGAAUUGUUUAUUAUGUUGGAUGCUUUGAGUAAUGAUUUACUUUAAAAUAAAUUAUAAUCAUUCUGCCAAAACUGUUUCAGGUUAUGUGAAUGGACCAUGAUGCAAAAGAUGCCAGGUCUUUUCAUAAUGUUUAGAAGACUGAAAUGGACCUUUGCAACAUUAUGAUUUGUGGUCAAAUCACCAUUUAAAAUAAAGUUGCAAUGACACUAUGGCUCAAAGCCAUUGGGUAUGUUUUCAAAGCCAAAGUAUUUUGCAGUGACAGCUCAGCAAUAAAAACAAAUAAUGUAAUUUUUGUCAAUUUGAAGAAACAAAUAGUGAUCAAAAUCACUUUUAAUAAGAAUUGUGUUCUUAAAUGAAUUAAAUAUAAUGUGUGUUACUCAAAUGAGUGUCAAAAAUCGGUUAUAUUUUUACUUUUCCAGGUUUGCUCUAUCCUGGCUUCAUUUCUUGAUAGUGGAAUACAUGUAUAUUUACAUUUUGUCCACUUCUGUGAAAAAGUUAUAUGAAUACAUAUUUAU